UGCUAUCAGACUCCACUUGCAACAACAUCAUCUUCUUUAUAUAACUACUCUUAAGAAGAAACACUUGGAAGAGGACCUAAGUGGGAUAGCUGGGAAGCCUCCAGCCAGUGAAGUUCUGCAUUAAGAACUAAACAUUAUGAAUAAAAUGAGCAACAUUUAUGAAUCAGCAGCCAACACCCUUGGGAUUUUCAACAGCCCAUGCCUUGCAAAGGUUGAACUAAGGGUUUCAUGCAAAGGAAUAUCAGACAGAGAUGCACUGUCCAAGCCAGACCCUUGUGUUAUCCUGAAAAUGCAGUCACAUGGGCAAUGGUUUGAGGUGGACCGAACAGAAGUAAUCAGAACCUGUAUAAAUCCCAUAUUCUCUAAAAUAUUUACCGUUGAUUUUUAUUUUGAAGAGGUACAGCGUCUUCGCUUCGAAGUUCAUGACAUCAGCAGUAAUCACAACGGUUUGAAAGAUGCAGAUUUCUUGGGCGGCAUGGAAUGUACAUUGGGACAAAUUGUUUCACAGAGGAAACUCUCAAAAUCCUUGUUAAAGCAUGGAAACACAGCUGGGAAAUCAUCUAUAACGGUGAUUGCUGAAGAAUUAUCCGGAAAUGAUGACUACGUUGAACUUUCCUUUAGUGCACGAAAAUUAGAUGACAAGGAUUUUUUCAGCAAAUCAGACCCUUUUUUGGAAACCUUUAGAAUGAACGAUGAUGGAACACAGCAGCUUGUUUACAGAACUGAGGUUGUCAUGAAUAACUUGAACCCUGCUUGGAAACCAUUCAAAGUGUCAGUAAAUUCCCUGUGCAGUGGAGAUCAGGAUCGAAAACUAAAGUGUAUAGUCUGGGACUGGGACUCGAAUGGGAAACAUGAUUUCAUAGGAGAGUUCAGUACAACAUUCAAAGAAAUGCGAGGCGCCAUGGAGGGGAGACAGGUGCAGUGGGAGUGUAUAAACCCAAAGUACAGAAUGAAGAAGAAAAACUACAAGAACUCAGGCAUUGUAAUCCUUAACCAGUGUAAGAUUCACAAAAUGCAUUCAUUCUUAGACUACAUAAUGGGAGGCUGCCAAAUACAGUUUACAGUAGCUAUUGAUUUUACAGCAUCAAAUGGUGAUCCUCGGAACAGCUGUUCUCUGCACUAUAUCCACCCAUACCAGCCCAAUGAGUAUCUGAAGGCACUAGUUGCAGUCGGUGAGAUUUGCCAAGACUAUGACAGUGACAAAAUGUUUCCAGCUUUUGGCUUUGGUGCAAGGAUACCUCCAGACUUCAAGGUUUCACACGAUUUUGCUGUAAAUUUUGAUGAAGACAACCCAGAAUGUGCAGGAAUACAAGGAGUAGUAGAAGCCUAUCAGAACUGCCUCCCUAAGUUACAACUCUAUGGACCAACCAAUAUUGCACCUAUUAUUCAGAAAGUGGCAAAAGCUGCCUCAGAAGAGACGCACACAAUGGAAGCAACGCAAUACUUUAUCCUACUGAUCCUGACAGACGGUGUGAUCACGGACAUGGCUGACACAAGAGAAGCCAUAGUUCAUGCCUCCCAUCUGCCCAUGUCAGUCAUAAUUGUAGGAGUGGGCAAUGCUGACUUUAGCGACAUGCAAAUGCUUGACGGAGAUGAUGGAAUAUUAAGGUCCCCUAAGGGAGAGCCAGUACUUCGAGAUAUUGUUCAGUUUGUGCCAUUCAGAAACUUUAAACACGCAUCGCCAGCAGCUCUUGCAAAAAGUGUACUUGCUGAAGUUCCUAAUCAAGUAGUGGACUAUUACAAUGGAAAAGGAAUUAAACCAAAAUGUAUGUCAGAAUACGAGUCUUCCAGGACACUCGGACCUUGAGCUUCCAUGCACAAUUUUGCAAAGUCCCAAAACAAUAUUAAUUCUAAAGCAUAUAUAUACUUAGCACGUUUUGGUGAUUUUUAACUUAACAAUAUAUAUUUUUUUCUUGCAUGUAUAGCUGGAAGCUUGGACCAGAUUAGCAAUUGUAUUGUUGGAAUCUUUUUAUGAAAACAAAAAACAAAAAUGAAAGCAUGUUGCCAUGGAAA